AUGGACGGCAGCCGCUUGGCACUCGCACGCCGUGACGGAAACAUUGAGAUUUGGGUUGUUCAUGAUUCGAGCUCCAGCUCCUGGUUUGGCGAAAGGGUUAUAGUCAACAAGGAGCCAGUGCGGUCUCUUGUGUGGACGCGAGCAAACGGAGAGGACCGACUGUUCUCCUCCGGCCUCAGCGGAAACAUCAUUGAAUGGGAUCUCACCACCUCAAAGAAAAAGUACACGACCGACUCUUACGCCGGUCCGGUGUGGUGCCUCGCAGCCGACCCUGCCGGCAACCACUUGGCCGCUGCUUGCGAUGACGGCCUGCGUCUGUUUGAUAUCUCCAACGGUGACAUCAUGUUCAAGAAGGCCUUCACCAAAGCUGGCGCCGGUCGGACUCUGAGCGUGGGCUGGAACAAGAUCGGCGACACGCUCUACACCGGCGGUUCCGAUGGUCUCGUGCGCCAGUGGAAGCUCGCCGGGUCCCACAGCACCGUGACGCUGAGGCUGGCCAAGGUGCAGAGCCGUUGCCACAUCUGGGCAAUUGCCGUGCUCGCGGACGAGACCAUUCUCACGGGCGAUUCGCGAGGUGUCUUCUCCGUGUGGGACCCGGCGACCACCUCCGAGGUCUACUCGCUCAAGAGCCACGAUGCCGACGUUCUUGCGAUGGCCUACUCCGUCCAGCCCGACUCGGGGGUCGUCGUGAUCGCCACGGGGGCCGACUCGAACAUGGUCUGCCUUCGUCGCACCCCCUCCAGCGGUCCGGGUGGGUACGAGUGGGGCCUGGGAGGCAAGUUUAGGCACCACAAGCGGGACGUGUUUGCACUGGCCAUGAGCCCCGGUCAAAUCGUUGCCUCGGGCGGCGUGGAUGGCAGCCUGCACGCGCUGCCGCUGUCGUCGCUCGUGCAGGCCGACAAGCACCCCGGCUUGGAGAUGUACGCGCCGCUGCCGCCUCGCCCCAUGGUGUCGUUCAGCGCCUCGCGGGGCCGAUUCCUGUACAACGGCAAGCCCUCUGUAUUGGAGGUGUGGAAGGCCGGCCAGGAGGUCAAGGGCAGCCUCGCCAUCCGGGCCAGCGAGCAGCCGGGCGAGUCCGGGCUGCCGCUCCCCAUUGCCGACACGCCCAAGCUCAUCGCCAAGCUGCAGCUCAAGACGGGAGAGAAGGUCAUCAGCUGCGCGCUGUCGCCCAACGGAAAGAUGAUCGCCUGCGCCGACACGCUGGCCGUCAAGAUCUUCCGAUUAGACGAGGCCACGGCCAAGAGCAAGGAGGUGCGGGUGACCAAACACGAAAUCCCCAACGCCGAGCUCGCCGCAUGGGUGGCGUGGCUGGGCGACGACUACCUGGUGACCGGCACUUUCAACGGUGGCCUGCAGCUGAUCGACAUGCUGCCGACCAUCUCCGUCGUGGCUUCGUGCGCUCCCGACUGGACUCGCACCUCGCAGGCGUGGACGGGCCGUGUCGCGACCUCCUCCGGCAAGUGGGUCGCGGCCGCACGGCCCGGCGGCAGCGUCGACGUGUUCUCCAUCGACAAGUCCGGCGCCAAGCCCGAGAUCAAGUUCCGUGGGGCGAUUGCCUCGCUCGCCCCGUCCAGCGGCGUGACGGUCCUGGCCUUCCAGCCGAACACGAACAUCCUCUUCGGGGUGAGGCAGGGCGUCCCUCUCGGGACGGGCGAGAACCGGUUUGGCCACCAGACCUUCCACUUCGACGUCGAGGCCAUGUCCGUCGUUCGCGGGCUGCAGCACCAGGUUCCAAAUCAUCCCUACCACGACGCCGUGUUCGAUCCGUCGGACUCCACUCGACUCAUGUGCGUGUCCCCGACGGCCAUCGUUUUCUCCAGACUCAGCGGCCGGACUGAGCACACAACCGUCAAGUCGUUCGGGUGGGUGCUGUACGCGGGGUUCGCCGAAGACGGCGAGUCGCUGCACGUGGUGGAGCGUCCGCCAAAGCACAUCGCGCCCAAGCUGCCCGCGCCCAUCACGCACAAACGCAACUACGGCAAGGGCUAA